AUGCAGUCGUAUUCCGAGAAGGCUACCCGUGAGACGGGCAGCUUCGAAUGGAGGAAGCGCUUAACUGCGUGCCAAAUCGACACUUUGAACUUUGUGUACGAUGCGGCCAAGGCCAAAGGUUUGGACGUGGACUCGCUCGUUGCCGACAUCUCCAAAUCGGCCCACCGGGCUCCCCAUCGCUCGGACGGACGUGUCCCCACGAUGACCACGAAUUCCAGACUGUGGAAUUACCGAAGCCAUCGCUCCUUGGGCGGACUGUGCAUGUUGGCUACACAUGCCUUUCCCGUGGACGAGAUGGAGGCCCACGGCAAAGCUCAGAGCCAGAAGAAGCAGAAGAACCCGAAGAAGUCAACGGGCAUGACGGACGAGCGUUGCGCCCAGUGUGCUUCCAUGGUGGAGCAGAUGAACAACGACAUUUGGGCACAUGCAAUGAUGCCGCCGACGGAUGAAGGCGAAGAGCCGCCGCCUGCCGAAGCACACGAACAUGACAUCCAAGAUCCGGAGUUGAGGUCCAUGGUCACAACAGUGGUGCUUGGCGGGCCAGGCGGCACUCGCGUUGUGGAAGGCUCAGGCCGAUCUUUCACACUGCCUGAUGAUGAUGAUGAUGGCGAUGGACCCGUCUUCAUGACGUUUGGCGAAGACAUGGACCUCCGGUUUGGAGGUGGCCCAGAGAGCGAUGAUGAAGAUGGCUUCGUGAUUCAGUUCCAGCCUUCCGUGAGCCGGGCGGACCACACAAGAGGCCAAUGA